AUGGAUGGGCGAAAUGAUGAAUGUGAUUUCUGCGAUUUAAAUACAGGCACAUGUACUCUUUUAAAACAUAAGACAUCGAUGAACGAGGGCUAUACAAUCAAGUUUAAAGCAACAAGCAAAGUUUGCGAAUACCCUUUACCACCAACUAUACAGAACUGUAUAAGCAGAUGUAAGACAAAACUAAAUACAAAAGUUCUGAUGGACCAGAGAGAAGAAUCAAUACAUUACUAUUGCCAAAACCAAUAUCUAGUGCAAAAUGCCAACGAAACGUGGAACCAAGAUGGUGUUCCGAAGAUCAACAUCAACAGUUUACAACAGUUCUCUGAUAUAUUUGAACUAUUCGAUGUUGAGGAAUCAAAUCCCGUCAAGAAACUGAAAAGAGCAACACCUAUCGUGAGAAAAGAAUAUCGACACUUGUCCCGCAAUGAACGAGAACGAUUUCACCGAGCACUACAAGCAAUGAAGGCUGACACCAGUGAUAGGAACAGACAGCCCAAUGUUUAUGAUUGGUUUGUGAACUUGCAUCCGGCUUCUGUCGCACCCAGUGCUCAUUUUGGACCAGCCUUCCUUGGAUUUCAUCGGACCUACCUUUUUUUAUUCGAACGACAAUUACGAAAAUACGAGCCAGAAGUGUUCAUUCCAUUUUGGGAUUCUUCCUUUGACAAUCUUUUGGAGGAUCCCACUUCCAGUGCCAUUUUCACAUCUAGUGGCGUGGGUCCUGGAACAGGGAUUAUACGGGAGGGUUCGUUCAGCGACUGGAAACACGAACACGCUGGUGUCUUAAUCCGCAACAUUGGAUCAUCAGGUAGCUUAUUCAGCAGGGAAUUCAUUGAACUCUUUCUUUCUCAGAAUCGUAUUGAGGACAUUGCCAUUGAUAGAACUAAAAUAGAUACCAGUCUUGAGUUUCACCACGGUUCUGUCCACAACUGGGUUAGUGGAACUCUCUCUGAUAUCAAUUAUUCUCCCGCUGAUCCACUUUUUUUCAUGCAUCAUUGUUUUGUGGACGCUUUAUGGGAAAGAUUUCGGGAGAACCAAAUUCAACGUGGCUUUGAUCCAGAAUGGUAUCCAUUAGUGGACGGAGGCCACGCUCCGGACGCACCAAUGAGGCCAUUAUUGAUUGGAAAAGAAGCUAAUGGUGAAGACAAGUACCUGAAAAAUAAGAUCGGAUAUUCCAAAACAUGGUCUUUGUUUGUGAAGUACGAUGAUCCACCAUAUAACUGUGAUGUUGAUUCCGAUUGUCGAUCAGUGCUGAUGCGGUGUAAAAGGAAACUAUGUCAACCUUUGACAAUCGAAGAGCACGAGAGAAUGAAUUUUCAACAUAGAGCAAAACGAGAGUUACUGGCUAAUUUAUCGACUCCUUAUCCAGCUAUCAAACGUAACUACGAACACGCUCAUUUGGGAAGAAAUAUAAAUGCCCUCCACCAGUUCAACUUAAAAACAAGUCCUUUUUACCACUCUUUUCAGAAUUCCUUCGUGCUCAAUGGUAAAGAGGAUAUUUGUAAUUGGGUUUUUAUACCAGUGAUGAUUUACAAAACGAGACAGAAUGGACAGAACUAUGACGUCUUUCCAAUUAGAAAUGGAGUGCCGGAUUUCUCAUCUGGAGAUGUAUUUGAGCAAGACUUGAAUAUCGAAAGUAAACCGAGCAGCAAGCAGAUGGGUUCCAUUAAAACAGAGAAAUGCUCUCACAUUGGAUCUGGGAUUUCUAAAGUAUACGUGAAGACGUUUGGUCUGGACUAUCGAGGAUUUUACACUGAUCAUGCUCUCCUAGAUGAACGAUUCCCUUUGUCUUCUGCAUUAAGCGCAGUAGGCGUUAAAAAGCCAGACAACAACAGAAGCAGUCACGUGUUGAUUACCGCCCAUGAUUCGUGUGGGAAGAUGUGCACAGCCUAUUGUCUCAACUCUAGUACUCGUUCAAUUCCUACUGAAUAUAAAAAGUGUUCUGGCUCUUCUCGAAUAAGUACUACCAAUCCAUCCAUGUACAGAAGCACAUUAGGAGAGGCGUUGCUUAGUGCUUAUAAUUUUUCAAGUAUCAAUCCAUCAAUCUCAAAAGAGAAUAUUGCCAUAAUAUUUCAUUGUGUCUAG